AUGCAUACCGAACAGAGUCCUUUGCUGGACUCGGAGGCGCUUUCGGCACCUACCGACCCGGAGAUCUUGAAGCAUGAACAGAUGUACCAACGCUUCACGCGGGCGCAAAAAAGGGUCAUCGUCUCCCUGAUCGCAUGGGCCGCUGUUAUUCCUUUUUUGGCGUCAGGCUCUUUCAUUCCAUCAAUACCAGAAAUUGCUCGUGAGCUCGGGACCACGGGCGAAGUCGUCAGCUUGGCGGUGAGCCUGUCGCUGGUUACAGCGUCGGCCGGCAGUUUACUAUGGGCUACAUAUUCCGGCUCAUAUGGACGCCGCUUGAUAUUCCUCAUGUCACUGCCGUGUCUAUGUAUCGGUUCUGCGGGCGUCGCCCUGUCACAAACAGUCCCCACGCUCAUGUUCUGGCGUGUCGUGCAAGCCUUCGGCGCGUCCAGCGGGAUGUCGGUCGGAGCCGGCGCUAUCGGCGACAUCUACAAGCUGGAAGAACGAGGUGCUGCCAUGGGCAUCUUCUUCGGAGCAUCCCUUUUCGGGCCCGCAAUUGCGCCAUUAUGCGGAGGCAUUGCGUCGCACUACUACUCAUGGCGCUAUGGCCAGUGGGGGUUGUUCAUCAUGGGCCUGUUCGCUCUGGUCCCUGUGUACCUCUGGCUUCCGGAGACACUCGACCCCGAGAAAAUCCGCAAGUGGGGAGCAACUGAGGAACACAGGAAGCCCAUCUUCCUGAAUCCGUUCAAGAGCUUGGCCCUGCUGCGUAGUCCGAACAUCCUCAUCAUCACGUUGGCGGGGACGGCGGCGCUCGUCACUGACUUCGUGCUCAUGAUACCACUCGCGUAUACCAUCGGAAAGCAAUACAACAUCUCGAACGAAGCGAUCAUUGGCGCCUUCUUCCUUCCCGCCGGCCUAGGCAACAUCAUCGGUGCGCCGCUCGCAGGCCGUCUCUCCGACAAGGUAGUCGUCACAUGGCGGAAGCGGCGUGGGGGCGUCUGGAUCCCAGAGGACCGCCUCCGGGCCAGUCUCUGGGGCGCGGGCCUGUUCGUCCCGAUGUCCGUGCUCCUCUCUGGUUUGACGACGCAGUUCGUCCCCGGGACCCUCGGGAUCGUGCUCAACCUCGUCUGGCUGUUCAUGAAUGGCAUCGGGGUCGAUAUCGUUCUGUCCCCGUCGUCCGCAUACUACGUGGACAUCCUGCACUCGCGCAGCGCGGAGACCAUGGCUGCAAGCGGUUCAUUCCGUGCUAUGAUCAUCGCUUGUGUCACUGCAUUCAUCCUCCCGCUCAUAAACGCGGUCGGUGUCGCCGCGACUGGGGCCAUAUUCGCUGCCAUUGCCUGGCUAGGAUUCGGGAUGUUCCUUCUCACGAUCAAGUACGGCGAUCGUAUGCGCGCUUGGGUCGAUGUCGGGUACUCGACGGUCCGCGACAACUGA